GACCUUACAACUGAAGAACCUACAAUUGAUGAGCUUAUAACCAAUGACCCUAUCAUCGAAGAGCCUAUCACGAUCUCUCGCCAAUUCUAUGAAGUCUCGCCAAUCCUACUUCCAAGCCAACCACAAACACAGAUAGAAGCGCUGAAUAACGUGCGCGAGUUAAUGAGUCGAUUGAUGCAUAGAGUGUUAACCAAUCAUGGUUUAAGCUUCAUAAACUUUACCAUAUAUGGCUAUGAGCCGGAUGAUGUGGUCCUUGGGGAAGUUACAUCCAAUGGAGAAGUGCUGCAACGUGGUGUGGGCUCAUAUGUCAUGGAAAAUUACACAGUUGUCGGAUUUGUUAAUAAGACCGAAUAUUAUAAGACAAUAUCGAUCGAACUUCCGGAUAUUGAAUUCAUCCUUCCGGUGGGAUUUUGGAAGCACGCUGGGGAACUGCUUGAAAAACAUUUGAAAAAAAAUGUGAACAUUGUAAUUUACAAAAUGCGUGUUGAAUUCAAAGAAGAUUGA